AUGGACAGUUCUGAGGUUGAAGAUAAUUUACUCUCCAUCGGUGAGCCAAAGUUACAUGGUGACAUGUGCAAGAGCCUGUAUGAUGUGUAUGUGAAAGUGUUGGGCGUAUUUCCUGACCUUGAAGCAGCAAGACCCAGAAGUACAUCCGGCAUUCAGGCAUUAUGUGCCCUCCACAUUGCACUUGAGAAGACCAAGAAUAUUCUCCAACACUGCGCUGAAUGUAGUAAACUCUACUUGGCAAUAACUGGAGACUCUGUUGUUCUGAAAUUUGAGAAGGCCAGAUGUGCCCUAGAAGAUGGUUUGAGGCGAGUUGAAGAUAUUGUUCCCCAAGCCAUUGGUGUUCAGAUUGCUGAGAUUCUAGUAGAGCUGGGAUGUAUAGAGUUCACACUCGAUCCGGCUGAGAAGCAAAUCGGGGACGAGAUCAUUGCCCUUCUUCAGCAAGGGAGCAACUUCAGCACUGGCUCAAACGACAACAACGAGCUCGAGUCCUUUCAUCAGGCAGCCUGCAAGCUUGGCAUCACCUCCUCGAGGGCCGCCCUCAGGGAGAGGCGGGCCCUGAAAAAGCUCGUGGACCGGGCCCGGGCAGAGGAGGACAAGAGGAAGGAGUCAAUUGUGGCUUAUCUCCUCCACCUCAUCAAGAAGUACUCGAAGCUGUUCAGAAGCGAGAUCUCAGACGACAACGACUCCCAAGGCUCGACCCCGUGCUCCCCUUUGCAGGGAAAUGGCAGUUGCCCCUUUUUUGAUCGCCAGCUGUCCAAGCUCAGCUCCUUCAAUUUCAAGCCCAACCUCAGAAGGUCUGAGCAGAUGCCCAUCCCCCCCGAGGAGCUUAGGUGCCCGAUAUCCUUGCAGCUUAUGUACGACCCUGUCAUCAUAGCCUCCGGGCAGACAUACGAGAGGGUCUGCAUUGAGAAGUGGUUUGAUGACGGGCACGGCACGUGCCCGAAGACCCAGCAGAAGCUCCCCCACCUCUCCCUCACUCCCAACUACUGCGUGAAGGGCCUGGUGGCUGGAUGGUGCGAGCAGAACGGGGUUCCCGUCCCAGAAGGUCCUCCCGAGUCACUUGAUCUCAACUACUGGAGGCUGGUACUUUCAGAAAGCUACUCGGCCGACUCAAAGUCACUCGAGUACGAGGGUGUGCCCCUUAACAAAAGCGGCAACAUCAAGGUGGACGAGGAGGAAGGGAGCAUUGUUUCCCAUCAGGCAGAGGAUGAAAAUUGCGAGGCUCGUGUGUUUGAGAAAUACAAGGGCUUCUUAAGGGUUUUGGAGGAGGAGGAUGAUGAUCUGCUGAGGAAAUGUAAGGUGGUGGAGAAAUUAAGGCACUUGCUGAAGGAUGAUGAAGAGGCCAGGAUUUAUGUGGGGGCCAACGGCUUUCUGGAGGCACUGCUGAGGUUUCUGGAGCAUGCCAUCUCCGCUGGGAACCAGACGGCCCAGGAGACUGGAACCAUGGCUCUUUUCAACCUAGCUGUAAAUAAUAACAGAAACAAAGAAUCGAUGCUGGCCUUGGGCGUCCUACCGUUACUGCACAAAAUGUCCAGCAAUUUGGAUUCAGCAGGAGCAGCGACAGCCCUGUAUCUAAACCUGUCGUGUCUUGAGGAGGCCAAGGCCAUCAUCGGGAACAGCGUAGCUGUCCCUUUUCUGAUCUCGGUCCUGAGGAACGAAAACGAGAAGCAGUGCAAGUUAGAUGCUCUUCACACCCUCUACAACAUAUCCAGUGAGCCGGCCAACAUUCCUCACCUCCUGUCAGCUGGCAUAAUCGAUGCCCUCCAGGCUGUCAUUGGUCACCCGUGGACCGAGAAAUGCAUAGCCAUCCUAAUCUAUUUGGCCUCAAGUAAAAACGCGCGGGAUGAGAUUAGAGCAGUGCCGAGCCUGAUUAGCGCGCUUGCUACUAUUCUGGAUGUGGGGGAGGCUGUGGAGCAAGAGCAGACGGCAGCUUGCCUUCUGAUACUAUGUAGUUUGGACGACAAGUGUAGUGAGAUGGUGCUCCAGGAGGGGGUGAUACCCUCGCUGGUGUCGAUCUCGGUGAAUGGGACGGUGAGGGGGAAGCACAAGGCGCAGAAGCUCCUGAUGCUGUUCCGGGAGCAGAGGCAGAAGCAGAGGGAGAGGGACCCAUCGCCCACGCAGCCAGUCUCCCAGAGGCCCCUGUCCAAGACGGUGUCAAG